AUGUGGCGAAUUGGUCGGUGGCGCCCUGCAACACGUAUGGGGUUCGAUCCCCAGGUUCACCAACCCCUCCAUUCCUCCGGGGGCGGCAAACUGCUACCACACUUGUUUGAGAUGACAGCAGCACUGGCUCGAUACGUCGGUAGGCUGCCGCGUGUCAUUAUAAAGGCCAGAUAUGCAUCCAAUCACCUGACGAUGCUUAGUGAAGUCAAACGGAUGGUGCAUCCCUCAGAAAUCGAUCGACGCCGAGAGCUUUUUGGCUUUAUCCUACGAAGGUUUCUAUUUUUUGUGUUGAGAUUUCAGUCUGGAGUUGAAUUUGCUAUUCCAUUGUCACUUGAGGCUCAUCCAAUGAAAUUAGAUGACACGGCACCUGAAAAUCCAAGGGAAGACAUACUACGAGAUGAUGACGGCGUCCCCUACUGUUAUCUGUGCAACUCUGUCUUGAAAACAUGGCAAGGUUACGAAUACCACAUAAUGGCCGUCCAUUUAAAGUAUCGGCCGUAUCGAUGUAUGUACUGCAUGAAGGAAUACUUCUACACUGAAGAGGAAGGGCUCAGUCAUGUUCGCUCUCAGCAUCACGGAAAGACCGUAACACUUUUACGCGAGUAUCAUGAUGAGAAGGAAAAACAACUCGACGAUGCGUUCUGUGCUCUUUUUCUGGCGGUGCGAGAGGGAGUUAGUUUUUUAUUAUUAUGUUACAAUUAUAUACAUAUACAUAUAUAUAUAUAUAUAUAUGUAUACAUAAUACUAUACCAAUAA